UCGCGUGCUCUCUCGCCGUUGCUGUGAUUGCAACCUGUCCAAGCACGACAAGGGGGUUUGCAAUUUAGCGCCGGUGCAUAAAUAAGGGCGGCUCCGCAAGCCUAACGAAAGAGCGGGCAAAGAGAGGAUAUUGGGGCAUAGUGCUUUGCCAUGGAACCGAAGGCGAGUGCGAGCUCUUGCUGCCGCUCGCCCAAGGACGUCGGGACGGCCUUCCCCUUCCCCGGCGCCGACGACGUCAAGGACUUCCCCGUCAUCGUGCGCCGACGUCGCCUCUACUCGCUGGAGUAUGGCUCAGGCGGCGCGGGCAUCCCCCUGUCCCCGACGGUGCGCCGCUCCGUCGACGAGUCCACCCUGUGGCGGCGGCGCACGGGGGGCUACGCGUCGGGGGGCGCCGGAAGGCAGGCCUCGACGGAGGAGGUGCGCCGCCGCAGGGAGAGCUUCGCCUCGCUCUCCCCUCACCACCUCUCCGCUGGCUCCAUCCACCACGCCACAGGUAAGCGCCGUUGCAUCUGCCGAAUGCCGUUCUUGCGUGCAGUAAGUAACAUGAUUUUUUUUUUUUUGAGUAAUGAAAGUUCAGAUCGGAUCGUGGAGUUCUAUGAUGGACAAAAAGGAAUUUCUUGUAAGUUUGAGGUUAAAGGUUUGUAGGAAUGAUAUAUAUUUUUUUUCUUUGCAAGUGGAGUUUAUAAUUUUUUCUUCUAAAAGUUAUGUGAGGAUGUAUGGUUUAGUUUCAAGUGCAGUUGUUGGUGACUUUUUUUUUUAAUAAGGAUUUUUCUGGUAAUGUAGUUAGUUUCGCCUCAUUUUACGAAGGAGAAAGUUUCGUGUGUUAAUUUUUUUUUCUCUUUUUUUCGUCAAAGUUUCAUCUUGUGAGACGAUGUUAAUUUUCGGAAAAAGUGAGCAAAAAAAUGCGAAAGAAAGAUGGAAUGGAAGAGAGUAAUGAAGGAAGGAAGGAAGCAGGAAAAGCGAGAAGAAAGUGAUAAAGGGAGGAAAUAUGAGAGAGAGAAAAAAAUGCAAA